CUCGCCACUAUCGAAUCGAUUUUCCUCCCAACCGCAGCGCACAAAUAAAAACCAACGAAAGAAAAAGCGGCCGCCCGAUUACCCCCGAAACAAGCGCCAACGAAGUGGGAUCGCACUCCCAUCUCCAUUCUCCGCGCCGAGCACGCCCCCAUCCGGAUCCGGUCGGGCUCGGAUCCAUCUCUGCUCUCGUCGGUUGCUAAAAUGGAUAAGCUCAAUGGUUCUGCACGUCUAAUGAUUGUUUCAGAUCUUGACCAUACAAUGGUUGAUCAUCAUGACGAGGAGAACCUGUCCUUGCUUAGGUUCAGUGCCCUGUGGGAAUCUGUUUACUGUCAGGAUUCUCUACUUGUCUUUUCGACUGGAAGAUCGCCUACUCUGUAUAAGGAAUUGAGGAAAGAGAAGCCUAUGCUGACUCCAGACAUCACCAUCAUGUCUGUGGGCACUGAGAUAACAUAUGGUGAGGCAAUGGUUCCUGAUGACGGCUGGGAAGAAUAUCUGAACAAUAAGUGGGACAGGAAUAUUGUUGUAGAGGAAACUGCAAGCUUUGCUGAGCUGAAGCUUCAGCCAGAGACAGAACAGCGUCCACACAAGGUCAGCUUUUUUGUUGACAAGAAGACUGCUCCAGAAGUGAUAAAGUCUCUUUCCAAGAAGUUGGAGAAACGUGGGCUAGAUGCGAAAAUAAUAUACAGUGGUGGCCAGGACCUUGAUGUACUACCUCAAGGAGCAGGAAAGGGUCAAGCACUUGCAUAUUUGCUCAAGAAGUUAAACUCCUGUGGAAAGCCACCCAACAAUACUCUUGUUUGUGGUGACUCUGGUAAUGAUGCAGAAUUAUUUAGCAUCCCUGGUGUACAUGGUGUCAUGGUCAGCAAUGCCCAAGAGGAACUACUUCAGUGGUAUGCAGAUAAUGCGAAGGAUAAUCCUAAGAUAAUUCAUGCAACUGAGAGGUGUGCAGCUGGUAUUAUACAAGCUAUUGGACACUUCAAGCUAGGUCCUAAUGUUUCUCCUAGAGAUGUGGAGUUCCCUUAUGCGAAGGAGGCCUCUUUCAUGCCUACAGAUGCUGUAGUAAAGUUCUACGUUCUCUAUGAGAAGUGGCGCAGGGCUGAUGUUCCAAAGUCUGAUUCUGUUAUACAGUACUUCAAAAACAUCACUCACGCAAAUGGAGUUAUUAUCCAUCCUGCUGGUCUUGAAUGUUCGUUCCAUUCAUCCAUUGAUUUAUUGGGAUCAUCUUAUGGCGACAAACAAGGGAAAAAAUACCAAGCAUGGGUGGACAGACUUGUUGUCACACAAACUGGACCAGACAGUUGGGUGGUGAGAUUUGACUUGUGGGAAUCAGAAGGUGAUGUGCGUGUGUGCUCUUUGUCGAGUCUUGCUUUGAAUUUAAAGCCUGAAACCCCUGAGGGCUUCGUGCUAACACACAUCCACAAGACAUGGCUCAAUGGAUACUCUUCAGGGGUUGAGCAGGCGUCUAAGCUUUAGACCUAUUUACCGUCUCCACAGCAAAUGGAAUUUUCUUGAGGAUAAAAU